GAAAAACUUUCCAGCUACCUAGUGCUGUGCUUAGUGACUUGACGAUACUCUGCAGAGCACAUCUGCUGUGAUAAGAUCUGCCAGGACCUACAGGUACCAUGGAUCUGACGUUGUGGCAGUACCAGUUCCGCAUCAUCAUGCUGGGUGACUCUACAGUGGGCAAGUCAUCCAUGCUAAAACGCUUUACAGAGGAUCUGUUUCUGGAGAGUAUUAACCAAACGGUUGGAGUAGACUUUUAUGUGCAUUUCCUAGAAGUGAAACCUGGCAUCAGAAUCAAGCUGCAGUUCUGGGAUACAGCCGGCCAGGAAAGGUUCAGGUCAGUGACACGAUCCUACUAUCGUAACUCAGUUGGAGGCUUGUUGCUGUUCGACGUGGGAAACCGUGCCUCGUUUGAGCAUAUACUAGACUGGCAUGCAGAAGUCUGUGAGCACGUAAGACCACACGCCGUGCUUUUCAUUCUGGUGGGCCAUAAGAGUGACCGUGAGGAUGAUGGAGACCGCACCGUCUCCCGACAAGAGGCAGAGAAGCUGGCUGCUAAGAUCGGUGCACCCUACAUAGAAGCCUCAUCCAAAACAGGCCAGAACGUACAGACGUGCUUUAAGAUGCUGACGGAGCGAAUCUACCAUGGGCUCCAGAGUGAAGAGGUGAAGUUGAGAGAGGGAUGGGAUGGAGUAAAGUGCUCAGUUCCACAAGCCCACAGUCUCAGAAAUAGUGCACCAGCUAAGGAGAAUAAACGCUGCUGUUAGCUUUUAAUAAACGAUCAAUUCAUUCAUGGCAUUAAAGGACAAUGUGGAUAAGGGUUUAUGUUAAAAAGCCCUGAACACAGUGGGACAUCCAGCAUUAUUCCCUUAA